UGCCCUUUUCCCCAUCGCCUUACGCCAAGGGUAGGGGGGUGUGCAUAGGCAGAAAUUAACCUAUGCUUAAAACUUUCUUUAGCGAAAGUUCAUACUUACACUUUUUUGUGUUUUAAACCUCUUUUCACUCGCUUAUUUAAAGCGCGUGGAGGCUUUUCCCCACUGCCGAUUUUUCAUAAAGGCAGCGUAACUUGAUUCAAGAUGAUUGAUACAGUCACAGGACCUGGAGCACAGCCCUUUGCAGUUCAGCUGAAGGCCUUAACAGAUCUGGAGGGCCGAUACCAACCAAAGCUGAGCGGUUUGAGGCUCAUCGAAAGCGCCCAGGACAAUGGCCUCAGGAUGACUGCCAGACUGAGGGAGCUGGAGGUGAAGGACCUGCUCUCUCUGACCAGGUUCUUUGGUUUCAGCUCAGAGACCUUCUCACUGGCCAUUAGCUUGCUGGAUCGCUUCCUCUCAGUAAUGAAGAUUCAACCUAAGCACCUGUCCUGCGUGGGCCUGUGCUGCUUCUACAUUGCUGUGAAGUCGUCAGAAGAAGAGAAGAACGUGCCUCUAGCCAAUGACCUGAUCCGCAUUAGUCAGAAUCGCUUCACGGUGUCUGAUAUGAUGAGGAUGGAGAAGAUCAUCAUGGAGAAGCUCUACUGGAAGGUGAAGGCCCCCACAGCCCUCCGCUUUCUCCGCCUCUUCCACAGCCACAUCCAGGAGCAGCUCGAUGCUGAGAGCAAGAAGAUACUGAGUCUUGAGAGACUGGAGGCUCAGCUGAAAGCCUGUCACUGCUCAUUUGUCUUCUCUAAAAUAAAGCCAUCUCUGCUUGCCAUGGCUCUGCUGUGUUUUGAGGCCCAGGAACAACAUGAUCCUGAGCACACUGACACAGUCUCAGAGGCCCUGAAAAGUCUGCAGCAGCAGCUGAAUAUCAAAGAUGGGGACCUGGUUUGUGUGCGGGAGUUAGUUGGAAAAUGCCUGGCUGAAUAUGCCACCACCAAGUGCUCCAAGCCUAUCCGCCAAAGACUUCGCUGGACUAUUUCAGGAAGAACUGCACGUCAGCUGAAGCACAGCUACUACAAGAUCACUCAUCUUCCCACCAUACCUGAGUCAGCUUGUUAAAAUCUGGGGGUACAAAUGGGUGACCUUGCAUGCAGAGAAAAAUUUCAACUGUCCCCAAAUUAUCUUUGUUUCCUGAUUGAUUAUAACUUUUGGGCGACUGGCUUGCAGUAAGCUCACCCAUGUACAGCUCCAGUUAUUUUCCUUACAGAUCUUCAUCUGUGAUGAUGGAUUUCUUUAAGGAAAAGCUAAACAUAUUGCAGUUUUUCCUCAAGUUUGUUUGUCAUCAUACAUAGGUGAAGAACACUGUAUUUCAGCUUCCCAAGGAGUAAUGCUUCGUGAGAACGGUUCAUCUACUGCCAUCCUGCUAAGUUUUACUUUCCUGGUUGAGUUGCUUGCACAAGUGUACAGUAUGUUCUUGUUUAAAUCCGUACCAAGGUGUUUGGUUUUUCCUGGAACGGGUUGCUGGUUUUAAGCUAACAAGUAUAGAACCACCUAGGUCCUCAGUCCACCAUGUGGAAGAGGAGGGAGAAGGAUUUUGUGAACAGCAAAAAUGGAACCAAGAAAUCGGGCCCAAAAUCCUUAACUCCCACCCUAGGUUGCUAAACUGUCCUGAAUGCACACUCCUACCCAAGGUGAUGAUUUUUUGUUUGUUUUUUUUAAGUUGAUACAGCGAGGGAGCUCUGGUUUUCUCCAGUGAAGUGAGGCUAGUGACGAUCCCGUCAUGUAUGGCUUACCAUACUAUUAGAGCUGAAAUGUUGGUUCCAGAUGAGUUGUUUUCACCGAUUCUUAAUUUGUGGACACAGUACCACAUGUAUGAAUUGAUUUCAGUUGUCAAUUAUGCAGAGAACACUAAAAAAAAAGUCGUUGUAGUGGAAAUGUGGAUUGGAAUUUGUAUUGCAUUUUCUUUGCCAGUUUCCCUGUCUAGUAGAAGUUUCUUUUAAUGAGAAAAAUAAAAUGUGUUCUCAAAUUCAAAAUGGCUAAUUGAAUACAACCAUCUGGUUAACCUAACCUACCACUUGUACCUUUCAAUAAAACUUUAUUGAAAAGCUA